GUAUUUUAAAUCUUAUUGUUGACUACAGAAGGUCACAACCUUGUCCUCGAAUCAUUACUAUUGUUUGUGUUCCGCAAUGGAAUUCUUGGGCGAAAAAGGAUGCUGAAAAGUAAUUAAGCUUUCAUCAAUUUCCCCCAGAGAAGGAGCAAAAACUUUAUUUUGAAACCGUAAUGAUAAGAUAUGGUUGAAAGAAGGAAAGAGUGGGCUUUAAAACCUCGAAUUGGAAAGACAGUUGCAGAUUAUUUUAACAAAGUUUAUUGGUGUAAUGAAUGUUUUGAAUACAAAUCAGCUGUUCCUUCUCAGAAUCUGCCAACAUCAGUGCACUCUGAGAAGCUGUUGAACCAACCUUCUUGAUCAGAGAGAUAUAAAAAGAGGAAACCGAAAGAUCCUAAGAAGGCCCAUGUGAGUUGAUUAAAG